AUGUUGAAGAACAAAGUCUUUGGGGCAUAUGAGAGCGAUCGCGAGUUUCAGUUGAUUUACUUCGCCAUGAUGCCGCUGUAUAGGGAAACUUUCGACCCUGAUGCAGCGCUGAAGAGCAAUCUGGAUGGGGUUUACGUCGCCGAAUCUCACACGAAGACUUUGGUAGUCGUGGGCGACAAGGAUUGGAUAUGUCCUCCCGGUAAGAACUUUGCCAAAGUUGCCAAGCAGCUUGGCCGAUGCUGA